CCCAGGGGACAUGAGACGGGGGGUGUUAAUGAAAAAGGAGGACUCUAAGGCGUCACUCGUGUCGCACGGCAGCAGCCCCUUUUUUAUAAUUUCAACAUUCUUUACCCAUCGCUCCGACGAUCACUCGCCUUCAAGAGAUGGAGACCUGAGCCACACCUCGCGAUCCAAUCUCAGAAGAACUCAAGUUAGAACGAUUAGGAAUAAAGUAAAUAAAGAGGCGCGGGCUCCGAUGCCUCUCCCCCUGGAGAUGAGCAGCGACUUUGCCAGGGGACCGGGGAACAGCAACAGCAGCAGCAGCAGCAGCAGUUCAGUUUGGCAGAGGUACGUCGACAUCACCUUCCUCGUGGCCAACUGCGUGAUCCUCUUGGGCACCUCCAUGGUGGGCAUCGGGGCCAACGUCUUCGUGACAUGGGCGGUCUACCACCAGAAGUCCCUGCGGACGUGGAACAACGCGCUGCUGGUCAACCUGGCCGUGAUCGACUUCCUGCGCUGCGCCGUGGACUGCCCCGUCAUCCUGGUCAUCGUGCUGACCGUCCACCUGCGGGGCCAGGCGGACGCCGUCAUCUGCGACCUGCAGAUGGCCUCCUUCUCCUUCAGCUGCUGCAUCCAGCUGGUGACCCUGGCCUGCAUCAGCGCCGAGCGAUAUCAGGCCAUCGCGCACCCCUUCAAGAUCACCGAGCGCAAGCGACGGAUUAUCUUCUUCAUCCCCCUGACGUGGACCUUUGCCAUCGUGGUGGCGGCCGUGUGCGUGACCUUUGUGAGGGACUCGCCGGUGUAUGUCAAAUGCCACGGGUCGAGGCUCAAGUCCGUGUACAAGGACACCUUCGGCCUGUACAUACUGAUCCCCCUGUGGACCGCCUGCUUCGCUCUGAUCAUCGGCUUCUACUCCAGCAUCUUCGCCAUCGUGACGGCGCACAGUCGCAAGAUCUACGACAAGGGGGUGAACCCCGCUCCGAAGCAGGAGAAGAAAGAGGAGGAGAAAAGAGCUGAGAUUGAGAAAAAAGAGGAGAAAAAAGUGGAGGAAAUGCCAGCGAGUCAGACGGACGGGAAGCAAAUGACUGUGGAGAGCGUUCCUCGGGUGGAAAAGGUCGAGCAUAGUAAAUCAAAGGUAUCUAUUAUGGAGCCUACAGGUGCUCCCCAGAAGCCCACAGAGACUGUGAGUGUGUCACCGGUUCCCAGUCAUAAUGAGAAAGUUGCUGUGCCUACAAAGGAACCGGACAAACCACCUGAUGAAAAGCCCCUAAAACAGCCCACGCCGGCCCCUAAGGACGCCAAGGGCGACAGCGGUGGCUGCAAAACCCGACCAAAGGCCGAGUCGCGGAAGCGGGGUCCUCCGAGACGGAGAAAAAGACCCCCCUCGUUGCAAAUCCUGUCAUUCAAGUCAAGGAGCAGCGGUCCAACAGGGAGACGGAGGGCCACCCAGGAGCUGGGGCCGACGCUGCCCGGUAAGGGGCCCGGGGGACCAGAGGAACCCGCGGUGCUGCCCCUGCUGAUAGACCUGGAGCAGGGGAAGGUCAACGACGAGGUGGUGGCCUCGGUCGUGGGUCUCCCGGCGGUCAAUGACCAGGUCGUGGGUCUCCCGGCGGUCAAUGACCAGGUCGUGGGUCUCCCCACGGUUAACGACGAGGUGGUGCCCAUGGUGGUGGGUCUCCCCGCAGGCGACACCGUCGACAACCAGGACCUGUGCAUGGUUUCUAUAGUCAGACGCCCCGCCCCCGCGACGACCACGGCGGCAGCGGCGGAUGAGGCGAUGACCGGCGCGGUCUGCAUGAUGCCGUCCAAGGCCACUGGCAACAAGAAGAAGGAGAGCAAGCUGGCCAAGCGCUCGGGCUACAUCAUCCUCACCUUCCUCCUGUUCUGGCUGCCCCUGAUCACCACCAUCCUGGUGAACGUGCUGGUGUUCCAGCGCAACGACGCCCAGAUGGAAAUCAUCCAAGACGUGGAAAUCCUUUUCAUCUCGAUUGCCUGCAUGACAUCGCUCACCGACCCCAUCAUUUACGCUGCCGUGAACCCCCAGUUCAGAACAGAGUUUUAUAGGAUGCGGAAUAAACUGAAAGCCCAGUGGAAGAAGAGAUGACACAGAGACUCGAGGAAUAAAACACU